UACAGGUAAAAGUUUUGAAGCAUUUAUUGCUCUCAUAACGCUAACUUUCUACGAUCAGUGAAUAGGAGUAUUUCGUAACAAGCAGCAAUUAUCAGCAUCCGGGAGUAAAUAACACUGCUAUUAUGUUUUCGAUUUGCCUAAAAAAAGAUAGAGCAGUUGCUAGCAACAUGGCAUCUGUAACAUUUGGCAUAUUGACCAUAAGCGACACCUGUGCCAGUGGUAAUAAGACCGACAAUAGUGGUCCCGAAUUGGAGCGAUUAAUUAGCAGUGAUCUAACAGAAACUGGGCGACUGAUCAAGGGGCAGGUCACAUGUAGAACCGUUGUUCCUGACGAUGAGUAUCAAAUUAUGGCAACGCUGACUCGAUGGUCUGACAUUUUCAAAGUAAAUGUAAUUUUGACCACCGGAGGAACUGGAUUUUCAGAACGAGAUGUUACCCCAGAGGCUACAAAAAAGAUUCUUGAAAAGGAGGCACCAGGACUGUCCGCGGCUAUGCUUAUGGCAAGUCUGAAAGCAACACCAAUGGGAAUGUUGUCAAGAGCAGUUUGUGGAAUUCGUAAGAAGACUCUCAUUGUUAAUCUACCUGGAUCAACAAAGGCUGUGAAGGAAUGCUUUGAAGCUAUCGCCAGGGUGAUUCCCCAUGCAGUUGACUUAAUUUUAGCAGAGCGCACAAAAGUUACUAAUACUCACACUCAGAUGCAAAAUCGCCAAGAGCAUCAUUGUUCUCACCAUCAAUCAACCAUUUCUUCUGCUCGUAUGGCAAGUGUUGCAGAUAGACUUAGAGAGUCACCGUACACUAUGAUCUCAGUGGACGCAGCACUAGGGAUCAUAAGUAAAUCACUGCACAUUUUAGAUGCAGAGAUUAUAAAUGUUUGGGACUCCUACGGUAGAGUAAUCACAGAUGAUAUUUACGCCUACUGCGAUUUACCUCCAUUCAGAGCAUCUAUUAAAGACGGAUACGCCGUUAUUGCCUCGGACGGUAAAGGUCUGCGACAAGUGUUAGGUGGCACAGAAGCAGGGCAAACACCAGGUACGGUAAAGCUUGUUCGUGGAACAUGUGUCAGGGUAAACACAGGAGCCCCCAUUCCCAAUGAGGCGACCGCAGUUGUGCAAGUUGAAGACACUAAGCUCAUUAAAACUAGUAAUGACGGUCUAGAGGAAGGAGAAAUCGACAUAUUAAUUGAACCAAAAGAAGGGCUGGACAUCAGACCCAUUGGUAGCGACAUUCAAAAUGACAGUUUGAUUUUAAAAGCACAUACCAAAAUAGGAGCUGCUGAAAUGGGAAUUUUAGCUGCGUGCGGUUGCACUAAAGUUAGAGUAACGCAAUUGUCAUCAGUUGGAGUUUUAUCUACAGGCAACGAAUUACAGCAGGCCGGAGAACCACUUAAACCUGGUCACGUUUAUGACAGCAAUAAAAUAACACUGAUGAUGAUGCUUAGGGAAAAUGGGUACAGUCCAAAAGACUGUGGGAUUGCUAAGGAUGACGAGAAUGCAAUGAUCAACGCGUUGAAAGAAGCACUUGAAGAAGUUGACGUCCUGCUAACCUCUGGAUCUGUUUCGAUGGGUGACAAAGACAUGCUGAAACCGAUUUUAGAAAACGUUUUUAAAGCCACUAUACAUUUCGGACGAGUCAAUAUGAAGCCAGGAAAACCGACAACGUAUGCCACUUGCGAGCAUAAUGGCAAAACAAAAUAUAUAUUGUGUUUGCCCGGUAAUCCUGUAUCUGCAAUGGUAACAGGACAUUUGUUUGCAUUGCCAUUACUCAAAUGCCUCAGCGGAGAUUCAUCAAAACCAGUUGUCGUAACUGCUAAGUUGACCACUUCCUACAAGCUAGACCCACGACCGGAAUAUGCUAGAGCUAUUUUAAUAUGGGAGGAAGAGGAUCCAAUUCCAAAAGCGCAAAGUACGGGAAAUCAAAUUAGCAGUAAGCUACUUAGUUGUAAAAAUGCGAAUGCGUUGUUGAUGCUGCCUGGAUGGACAAAGGAGAGACCGCAAUUGAAAGAAGGGGAUUUAGUUAAUGCACGACUGAUGGGAUUCAAUCAGAAUUCCGCAUGAAAUGUACCUAGAAAGAUUAUUUUUAUACUUAAUCAUUAUAUGUAAAAAUAAAUUACAAUUCAGAAUCGUA